AUGGAUCAGGCUGCUGAUUCAGAACAUGGAUGGUUGAAGAAAAGUUUUAGUAUAGAAUCUUGCAAAAUUUUAUCAAGGUUACGCAUAUAUGGCUCUACUAACAAGGGUGAGUUUGUUUUUGCACCAAGGUACUAUUCUGAUGACUUUAGUGUUGUACUUUACAAUCCCAACACGAAUGGUUUGAGAAAACUGAGGACUGGCGUAAAGGGAAACUAUGAGUUCAAGCAUCAUGGUGAAGGAGGCUCCCUAGAUCCCUACUUUGACGAGCUUGCAGAUGCCAUGGUGACAUGGAUUGAAGCUUGGGAUGAGCCGAACCCACCACCAGAAGCAGCUGAUGGCAAAGCUUGA